UCCAACAAAGACCCAUAUAUCCCGCAUUUUCACAUGUUUAGAGCAGAUGCUGUGAAAGGAAAAUAUUGCUUUUGGUGAAGCAUCUCUUAGACUAUGCAUUUUUUAAGAGUACAAAUUUGGGAAGUGAUUUUUAUGAAUUUUUGUUCUUUUGUUUUUGAUCUUUUAUGGUGGCUGUUUGAUGAUUGGUGAAGGUGAUGAGAGUAAUGAUCGACAAAGAUGGUGGGAAGAUGGAAAUUCGAGGGGGGUUGGAGAGAAGCUGGGAGAAGAAUUUUUUCUUUUUUUGGUUGCUUGGGGAUUUAUGAGGGUGAUGGUGAUGAGAGUGAUGAUCGAUGAUGAUGGGAUGAUGAAGAUCAGAGUCUAAGGGGGGGGGCUUGCGGCUAGUUUUUUUUGUCGAACCUAGUUUGUACCUUUCUUUCGCCUUUCUUUUCUGUGAUUGUUUCUGGUUAUGAUAGAAUAAUAAGAUGAUGAUUUGAUUCUUUGAUUGAUUCUCAACUUUUCUUGCAAAUGAAUUAAAAGAUUAUUC